ACUUCCGCGGGAGACGCAGACGAGUCGCGGGAGCAUCAGCAGCGUGAACAGCAGCAGCGUGAUCGUGGAGAAGCAACAGACCCGAGGACUUUCCUGCCGCCCUGACUGGUUACCUGCUGCCGGACACGCGGACUGAAACACGCACACACUCAAACCUUCACCUGGGAGAAGUUUGGAUUCUCUGCUGUCUGUGUGGGAGCUCGCAGAAAGGAAGACCCUCUUAACUCGAGGUCGCGGCCCCGCCAUGCAGCACUACGGGGUGAACGGCUACUCUCUGCACGCCAUGAACUCCCUGAGCGCCAUGUACAACCUGCACCAGCAGGCCGCGCAGGCGCAGCACGCUCCCGACUACCGGCCCUCCGUGCACGCGCUCACGCUCGCGGAGAGACUCGCAGACAUCAUCCUGGAGGCUCGCUAUGGCUCCCAGCACCGCAAGCAGCGACGCAGCCGCACGGCCUUCACCGCCCAGCAGCUGGAGGCGCUGGAGAAAACCUUCCAGAAGACCCACUACCCAGAUGUGGUGAUGCGGGAGCGCCUGGCCAUGUGCACCAAUCUGCCCGAGGCCCGAGUGCAGGUCUGGUUCAAAAACCGCAGAGCAAAGUUUCGUAAGAAGCAGCGCAGCCUCCAGAAGGAGCAGCUGCAGAAGCAGAAGGAGGUGUCGGGGGAAGGAGGAAGCGAGAAGGAGGAUACGCCUCCUUCAACCACCAUCCUUCCUGACACCCAGCUUCCCCCUUCAUCCUCCUCAUCCUCCUCUUCCCUGGAGACGGAGGGUCCCUCGGUUCGUCCUGUGGCUCUGGACAUGGAGCUAAAUGUUACCUCAGCAGAACAUUCGGGCAGCGAGUCGGCAGCGGAAGAUAACGUCACAGAUAAGGAGGAUGAAAGUAAAUCUCAAAGAGAGGAGAUGAAGUCAGAGAGGGCGUUGACGCCCGAGGACGCUUCCCUGACCUGCAAAAGACUCAGCCCUAAACCAGAUUCUCCAGGAGUCUCUCCGUCAGUGACGCCCUCCUCCUCCAGCAGCAGCAGCCUGGCCAGCACUGCUCCUCUCUCCCAGAGCCACUCUUACUCCUCCUCUCCUCUCAGCCUGUUUCGCCUGCAAGAGCAGUUCCGCCAGCACAUGGCCGCCACCAACAACCUGGUGCACUACCAAGCUUUCGACCUGGCCGCCCCGUCAUCGCUCCCCUACCUGGGGAUGAAUGUCAACAUGCCCCCCGCGCCACUGGGCUCCCUGCCCUGCCAGUCCUACUACCAGUCCCUGUCCCAUCACGCCCAGCAGGUGUGGAACAGCCCGCUGCUGCAGGCGUCCGCCGCCACCGGCCUCACCAGCCACAACAGCAAGACCACCAGCAUCGAGAACCUGCGUCUGAGGGCCAAGCAGCACGCCGCCUCGCUGGGACUGGACACGUUGUCUAACUGAGACUCAGGCUGUGUGGAAGAGAGCGGAACCUCGUCCGAAGCAUCUGUGACUCCUGCUGCAUGUCUCCGUGUGGGGCUGAUAGCUCCCUAGGAACCAUUCACCAGAUUCCUCUCCAGUAGAUGGGAACAGGCCAUAUUACAUGCUCAAAAAUAAAACUUACCAGAGUGGUUGCCACCUACAGAUCUCAUUUCAACAACUCUUUAAGACACACCAUGGAUUGGUGAGUUUUAAAAGCUCCUUUUCAUAUUGCAGCUUACAGGCCGAGAGUAAAUUCAUCUAAAAUAACGGAUAAAAUACACAAAUAAAUACACAUUUCAAGUAAAUACGUUGGCUUAAAGGACACGUAUGCAUACAUCUCACUUAAAUAUGUUUCCAGCAUUUAAUGUCUGACCUUUAACGUAAAAAUAAUGAUAAUAAUAAUGAAAAAAUAAACAGUCCUGAAUUUGAUGUGAACAGCUCUGGAUGGAUGCAUUGGGUUGAGAUGAUGAUGCAGAUGAUGUUUACAGGAAUAAUGUGAAUAAACAAUGCACUUUGCAGGGAAUCACAAAUCACUUGUGCAGCAGAGAGUUUUCAAUUAAGCAACGUGGAUAUGUACAGUAGACGCAUGCACCGCAUAACAACACUAAUGGAAAUAAAUCCCAGCCAUGAUGUCCUCAGCAACAUAAUUAAAAGUGACUAAUUUAGCCGUUAAAUGGGCAGUGAUAUGCCGCUUCAUGCAGACGCCGGCUUGAUAAUGAGAAAAUAAUUUCAGUGACUAAAUUUUAAGAGCUUUUAAUUACAUUUGGCCUGGGGCUGCGGGAGCAGGGGCAGAUGCAAUUAUGAACAUGAAUGCCAUUUUAAGCAGUCAUUAUAAAUCCAAAAGGUCUCCACAGCUAAACAGUUGAUGGCCACAUGGGGAAAUAAAAAAUCACUUUGCUAUGAAUUCAGCAAUUUUUUUUUGUGAGACGAAAGUGAUGAUACAUAUUCAUGGAGUCUUGCUCAAAGGUUGAGCCUGGGGGCGAAGGUUCCUGCUUUGAAAGUCAGCUGUUUCUGUUUCAAGUGUCCAUGUUCUCCGCCCACGUCCGCUCCACUGCUCCGGCUUUCUCCCGCAGUCAACAAACAUGCAUUCACGGCUGAUGGGAAGUAAACUACGCAUGGGAGUGAGGUGAGAUGGGACCAGAUUGAGACUGGAACCGGCCCACACCCGAUGACUGCUGGGAAAGGCCCCGGCGUCCCCGCGACGCAGCGUAGCACUGUUCUGAGGAAACCUCUGCUUCUCCACUGGAAGCCGUACUGACUCUUAGCACUUGAUGACGAGAGACACACAAGUAGCUGAUGUUUUCCGUUAACGUGUUCUGGAAGAUUGUAUCUUCAAAUGAAAAAAAAGCACAAUAUUUUAAGAUAUAAUAUACAAAAAAAAAAAGUCUAUCUAUUAAUGUUUACUGGUAAGGUAAUUGUAAAGUUCCUGUUAUGUUGUAUUAUUGAUAGUGGACUCAGAUGACAUUCCUUUAGCCGCACACAUUGUAAGAUUGUAUUUGCCGAGCUCGCCGACAGCCCUGUCUGCUCGUCCUCGCCUGGUUGUCUGUGUGCUGCGCCCCGAUGAUUUCAUUCUAAAUGCAUACUGUCUCCCUCGCUUCUACGAUGAAACGAAACAAGUGAGCAAUACGAACACCGUACGUUUUGCAAACAGUUCACGCUGAAAAGUCAAAGCAAGUGAAGAUACUUCAGUGAGUUAUCCACCUGAGUCCUCUGUGUACUUCUGUCUUGACCGUUUGAGUUCUGCUGUUGUUUAAAAAUCCUGUUCCUCUUACUGUUUCUGUCCAACUGCUCGUUUCAGUGAUUAAUAGAUUUAUAAUGGUUGAGAGGAGGGUAACCGGAUCAACAGUGGCGUUUCCGCUGCUCCUCCCAAUUCUGUAGACUUGAAAUAGUGUUG